CCUCGCACCAGGCUCCACUCCUCUCCUUCCCUUCCCUCCCCCUUUCGCUCCCCUCCUCGCUCGCCUCGCUUCUCGCCGAGCCACCCGACCAAUUCCCCCGCCCCCCGCGCGCCCAGAUCGCCGCCAUUCCCUUCCCCGCCCUGCCGCGACGAUCCCGCUGCCACCGCACCUUCUCCCUCCCGUCGUCCUCCCCUCCCCGCAGCUGGCGGUCGGUCGGUCGGACGGAGGAAGCCACAGCCGGCGGCCAGAGAGCGCCGCAGCGUGCCCGCGGAUGGGCUGGUAGGAGGCGGCGGCGGCGGUGACUGUGUUAGCGGCGGCGGCGGCAGCCAUGUAUUUCGCCAAACUCGAUGACUCGCCCAUGUUCCGGACGCAGAUACAAUCACUUGAGGAGAGUGCUGAAUUGCUGAGAGAGAGAUGUUUGAAGUUCCAUAAAGGUUGCCGUAAGUAUACUGAAGGACUAGGGGAAGCAUACGAUGGAGAUAUUGCAUUUGCCAGCUCACUUGAAACAUUUGGAGGAGGCCACAAUGAUCCAAUGAGUGUCGCUUUUGGUGGGCCUGUAAUGACCAAAUUUACAAUUGCCUUAAGAGAAAUUGGAACAUACAAGGAAGUCCUGCGCUCCCAGGUUGAGCACAUGUUAAAUGACAGAUUACUGAAUUUUGUUGACAUUGAUUUGCAUGAUGUGAAGGAUGCUCAUAAGCGCUUUGACAAGGCUAGCCUCUCAUAUGACCAGAUUCGUGAAAAGUACCUAUCAUUGAAGAAAGGUACCCGACCGGACAUAACAACAGCAAUUGAAGAUGAGCUUCACAGUGCUAGAUCUUCAUUUGAGCAAGCUCGUUUCAACCUGGUCACUUCACUUUCCCAUGUCGAGGCAAAGAAGAGAUUUGAAUUUUUGGAGGCUGUUAGUGCGACAAUGGAUUCACAUCUUCGUUAUUUUAAACAAGGAUAUGAACUAUUGCAUCAAAUGGAGCCAUAUAUUAAUCAGAUUCUUGCUUAUGCACAGCAAUCACGAGAAAGAGCAAACAAGGAACAAGCUUCUCUCGUAGAGAGGAUGCAUGAGUACAAAAGGCAGAUAGACCGGGAAAGUCGGUCUUCUAUAAAUGGUUUGAAUGAUUCUUAUAAUGGUGAUCGAAUGCAGACAAUUGGCAGAAGUUCACAUAAACAGAUCGAGGCAGUUAUGCAGUCAACUUCAAAAGGCAAGGUAGAGACCAUCCGUCAAGGUUAUCUUUCGAAAAGAUCUUCAAACUUGAGAGCCGACUGGAAAAGAAGGUUCUUCGUACUUGAUAGUCGAGGAAUGCUGUACUACUAUCGAAAACAAAUUACUCGGCCACCUGCUGGUUGUUCCAUGCAAAGAAACGUUAACCCCCCUGAACAUGGUUCUGGGUUGUUGAGCAGAUUGUUCUCUUCUCAUUACCAUAUACAUGAUGAAAAGUCUGUCGCACGUCAUACUGUAAAUUUGUUGACAUCGACCAUUAAAGUUGAUGCUGAGCAAUCAGAUUUGAGGUUCUGUUUCAGAAUUAUUUCACCCACAAAGAUCUACACAUUGCAGGCAGAGAGUGCAGUAGAUCAGAUGGACUGGAUUGAAAAGAUAACUGGUGUUAUUGCCUCUUUACUGAGCUCACAAUCGCCAGAACAGUGUUUUAUGUCAAGCCCUAAGGGCAGUGGUCAUGAUAGGAGUACCAGUGAUGGAAGCUCCUUUACAAGUUCAGUGGAAUUUGAACCUUCCGUAAUCGAUGAUUUAGUACUGGAGAAGUACUCUGGAAAUGGGCAGCAUGAUGUAAUAAGAGGCACACAUCAUCACAGAACCAGCAUGAAACCUGAAAAACCAAUUGACUUGCUUAGGAAAGUUGAUGGCAAUAAUAUGUGUGCUGACUGUGGUGCUUUGGAACCUGAUUGGGCAUCAUUAAACCUUGGCGCACUUCUAUGCAUAGAGUGUUCUGGGGUGCACCGAAAUCUUGGAGUGCAUAUAUCAAAGGUUAGAUCUCUGACACUUGAUGUCAGAGUUUGGGAGCCAUCAGUAAUCAAUCUCUUUCAGUCAUUAGGCAACAUGUUUGUCAACAAUAUUUGGGAAGACAUGUUGCCAGAUGAUAAUUCAAGUGCUGAUGGAUCAGACACAUCACAGUACCUCUCUGUUAGCAAGCCUAAACACAAAGAUGUAUUCUCUGCCAAGGAGAAGUUUAUUCAUGCCAAGUAUGUAGACAAAGAGUUUAUACGGAAGCGUAGCAUGGAUGAGAAUCAAUUAGCUGAGCAGAUGUGGAAUAGUGUAGCUGCAAAUGACAAGAAAACAGCAUACAGUCUCAUUGUGAGAUCACGUGCCAAUGUAAAUUUAGUUUACGGAGAGAUGCCUUCUAGCCCAUUUUUGACUCUUGGAAAGGCACUUCAGCAAGAGCAACCGGUUUCACCGCCUGAUGGAAGUCCUAAAUUUUUCGAUUGCAAUUCACAUGACAAGAUUUCUCCUCGGGAGCCCCUUUCCCCUGCUAGCACGAGUUCACGCACAGAUGACAUGGAGGACGGUUGCGAAGGUCUUUCCUUGCUCCAUCUUGCAUGCCGUGUUGCAGACGUUGGGAUGGUUGAAUUACUUUUGCAGUAUGGUGCUAGUGUAAAUAUGAAUGAUUCUAGGGGUCGGACACCCCUUCAUCACUGCAUUUUGAAAGGAAGACAUCGGCAUGCAAAGCUUCUCCUCUCCAGAGGGGCUGAUUCACAAGCCAUGGAUCGAGAUGGUAGGACAGCAUUGCAGUAUGCAAUCGAUGGUGGAACAAGCGACGAAGACAUUCUUGCAUUGUUAGAGGAUCAUAGUAGAUGAUCUUGCAACCACACCUUCAGUAAAUUGAGGUUCUCUUGGUGUGGUCAACUCAACUAAGACCUUGUUCGGUUAGCUCUCAAUCCAUGUGGAUUGAGUGUGAUUGGGUGGGUUCAAAUCCCAAACAAGUCAAAGUUCUUCUAAUUUUUUUCCAAUCCUAUCCAAUCCAUGUAUAAUGGGAAUAACCGAACAAGACCUAACAGGGAUCCAGCCCCGCUCGGUCCUAGCUUGUCGUGCAGACAAUCCGAAUUCAUGGCAUGAAAGCAACCUAUGUACAUGUCGUUCUAGGGCUUCAGUAUC